CAAUUAAAUCUCUUUUUUUUCAACUUUGAUUUCAUAUAUUAUUCUUUUCCUCUUUUAAAACAAAACAAAGGAUAAUAGUCUUAUGGCUGAAUUGAAGUGAAAGAAAAAGUAGUAAUAGUACUUCUAAAAAUGGCGGCAUCUUCAAGACUAGUGCUGCAUCUACAUGCCACAACCACCGCAGCUAUAGUGGUGCCUACACCCAAGUACAACCUUAGAUUAUCCACCGCCACAGCUGCUAAUCGCCGCUUUCGAAAACCCAUAUUCAAAUGUAAGGCUACCUCUAACACUACUCCUACUUCUACUCCUGUUUUCCAAGGAAUCUACGGUCCUUGGUCCGUCGAUUCCACCGACGUUAGAGAGGUCAUAUCCUACCGUUCUGGGCUGGUCACAGCUGCAGCCUCUUUUGUUGGGGCAGCCUCCACAGCUUUCUUGCCUGAAGAAAAUCAGGUCGGGGAAUUCAUACACCACAAUCUUGACCUGUUUUACAUUGUGGGUGGUGCUGGACUUGGGUUGUCUUUGGCUUUGAUUCAUAUAUAUGUCACCCCAAUUAAGCGAACUCUUCAAGCAUUUUGGGGGCUUGGCGUGGUUGGGUCCUUGCUCACAUACACCAACUUGGCUAAGCCUUCUGGGCAAGGGCUGGUCCAGUAUGUAGUUCACAACCCCUCUGCUGUCUGGCUUGUGGGCCCACUCUUUGCAGCCCUCACUGGCCUUGUCUUCAAGGAAGGUCUCUGUUAUGGCAAGCUAGAAGCUGGACUUCUCACUUUUAUAAUACCAACUCUUCUUCUUGGCCACCUGAGUGGUUUGAUGGACGAUGGAGUGAAACUUCCUCUGCUUGGAGCUUGGAUGAUACUUUUUGUUAUAUUUGCUGGAAGGAAGUUUUCUCAGCCAAUUAAGGAUGAUAUUGGUGACAAAUCCGUCUUUAUGUUCAAUUCCCUUCCGGAAGACGAGAAAGUAGCUUUGAUCGAGAAGCUUGAGCAGCAAAAUUCUUAAUUAGAACAAAAAGAAAGAAACAUAAGUCCAAAUGCAUAAUGUGUUGACAGGACUGUACUGUUCUGUAGAAUAAUAUGUAAAUAAUCAUGGAUGUUUCAUUUUGCAUGACAUUACAAACUAAAAAAUGGAUAGGAAUCUGUUUUUCUUCUCACAUAAUGUAAUCUGUGGUUGCCUAGUGCUUUGUACUGCACUAGACCCUUUUGAAAA